AUGGGCCAGAACUUAAUUUUGAACAUGAAUGACCAUGGCUUUGUGGUCUGUGCUUUUAAUAGGACAGUCUCCAAAGUUGAUGACUUCUUGGCCAAUGAGGCGAAGGGCACCAAGGUGCUUGGCGCGCACUCCUUGGAGGAAAUGGUGUCCAAGCUGAAGAAGCCACGGCGGAUCAUCCUGCUUGUGAAGGCCGGUCAGGCUGUCGAUGAUUUCAUUGAGAAACUGGUACCUUUGCUAGACGUUGGUGAUAUCAUCAUUGAUGGAGGAAAUUCUGAAUACAGGGAUACCAUGAGACGGUGUCGAGAUCUCAAGGAGAAGGGCAUCUUGUUUGUGGGGAGCGGAGUUAGCGGUGGAGAGGACGGGGCCCGGUAUGGCCCGUCGCUUAUGCCAGGAGGGAACAAGGAGGCCUGGCCCCACAUCAAGGCCAUCUUCCAAGGCAUCGCCGCCAAAGUGGGGACGGGAGAACCCUGCUGUGACUGGGUGGGGGACGAGGGUGCAGGACACUUUGUGAAGAUGGUGCACAAUGGCAUAGAGUACGGGGACAUGCAGCUCAUCUGUGAGGCCUACCACCUGAUGAAGGACGUUCUGGGCAUGGGACACCAGGAGAUGGCCAAGGCCUUUGAGGAAUGGAAUAAGACAGAGCUGGACUCAUUCCUGAUUGAAAUCACAGCCAGUAUUCUCAAGUUCCAAGAUGCUGAUGGCAAACACCUGCUGCCAAAGAUCAGGGACAGCGCGGGGCAGAAGGGCACUGGGAAAUGGACCGCCAUCUCUGCCCUGGAGUACGGCGUGCCUGUCACCCUCAUCGGAGAAGCCGUCUUUGCGAGAUGCUUGUCAUCUCUGAAGGACGAGAGGAUCCAAGCCAGCAAAAAGCUGAAGGGGCCUCAGAGUAUCCCGUUUGAGGGAGAUAAGAAAUCAUUCCUGGAGGACAUUCGAAAGGCCCUCUAUGCUUCCAAGAUCAUCUCUUACGCUCAGGGCUUCAUGCUGCUAAGACAGGCAGCCACUGAAUUUGGCUGGACCCUCAACUAUGGCGGCAUCGCCCUCAUGUGGAGGGGGGGCUGCAUCAUCAGGAGUGUAUUCCUGGGAAAGAUAAAAGAUGCGUUUGAUCGGAACCCAGGACUUCAGAAUCUAUUGCUGGAUGACUUCUUUAAGUCAGCUGUGGAAAACUGCCAGGACUCCUGGCGGCGGGCCAUCAGUACUGGUGUCCAGGCAGGCAUUCCCAUGCCCUGCUUCACCACUGCUCUCUCUUUCUACGACGGGUACAGACACGAGAUGCUGCCGGCCAACCUCAUCCAGGCCCAGCGGGACUACUUCGGGGCGCACACCUACGAACUCUUGGCCAAGCCGGGCCAGUUCCUGCACACCAACUGGACAGGCCACGGUGGCAGCGUGUCCUCGUCAUCGUACAACGCCUGA